CAGCAGCAGCAGCAGUAAAUGUCAUGAACACAAGUUGAACACGGCACACAUUGCCAGUAAACAAAAACAUUGGUUAGAAACGUUUUGAUUUAAUUUGGUCACGCAAAGAAAGGAGAGUGAAAAUGAGUAGUUUUCAAAAAAGACGAAGCACUCCAUUGUUGUCUGGUGGUAAACAGUCUUUGCACACCGGUCAACAGCUGGUGUCAACCGGUAAUCCGGCUUUGGAUUAUGUUUUGGGUGGUGGAUUGCCAAUCGGUUCAAUUAUGUUAAUCGAAGAGGAUAAAAUCGGUCGUUAUGCCAAAUAUCUAACGAAAUUGUUUCUCGCCGAAGGUACCGUUCAUAAGCACGCAUUGUUUGUAGCAAAUUUCGAUCAUGAUCCACAAGACACGGUAAAAAAAUUGCCACCAAUGGUACCAGAAUCCACAACAUUUACUGCAGCAACAGCAUCACUCACAUCGCAACCUAUACCGAAUACCGUUCUGAAUGAUGAGAUGCGGAUCGCAUGGCGAUACAAUAAUUUGGACAAAGUCAAUGCUGAACAGGGCAAUCAAAAGAAUUCGUACACAUUUGAUUUGUCGCAAUCAAUUGAAGACGGUGCCUUAGACUCCUUUGAUAUUACACUAUUUGGAAAGGAUAAAGCGGCUGAAGUGCAUUCAAUGGAGAAUAAAAUCUUUCAUAAUCCGGCUUAUGUGUCGUUGAUCCAGCAAUUGCAACAGAAAUUGAGCGAUCCGACGUUCGAAGCGGUUGGCGGUCAAUCAUCGUCGUCAUCAUCAACGGCAACGACAAAAAAUCUACUGCGAAUCUGCAUCGAAUCAUUUGGAUCGCCAUUUUGGUACACCGAACAUUUCACUGAAGACAUUUGCCUAUUUUUAACCAUAUUGAAAGCCGCCGUUCGAGUUUCACUUUCCGUUUGCUGCAUUACCGUUCCAACGCAUCUAUUCAAGUACAUUAACCAAACGUUAAUUCAUCGUGUACGGAAUUUAGUCGAUUAUGCCAUUGAAUUGGAAUCGUUUGCCGGUUCGGGUAAAGAAACGAAUCCCGUGUUCAAGGAAUACAAUGGAUUAUUUUUCAUACGAAAGAUGGCCGCAUUGAACGCUCUGGCCGCACACACGCCUGAAACCUAUGAUUUGGCAUUUAAAUUGCGUCGAAAGCGAUUUGUCAUCGAGAAAUUACAUUUGCCGCCCGAGCUUCAAGAAUCGGAACAACGUGGUGACCAAGACGACGAACCAAUGUUAUCGGCAUUAAGCUGUGCUAGUACCAAGAAACAUUUGUUAGAAUUUUAAAGAUUUCGUUGAAAAAUAUACCAUACUCUACCUAUUUGACAUCA